GGGGCCGCGCCGCAGCGCCAUGGCGGCGGCCGGGGCCGAACCGGGUGCUGACCCCGCGGCAGGCGGUGUCCGGUUCUUCUGCACCGCGGGCCGCGGCCUGGAGCCCUUCCUGAUGCGGGAGGUGCACGCACGGCUGGCGGCCACGCAGGUGGAAUAUAUUUCAGGAAAAGUGUUCUUCACCACCUGUUCCGACCUGAGCUCGAUGAAGAAGUUGAAGUCAGCGGAAAGGCUGUUUCUGUUGAUUAAGAAGCAGCUUCCAAUUGCGGCUCCUUCUCUCCGCAAAGGAAAAAUACUAAAUGAAAUGCAGAGACUUAUAAAUGAUGAUCCAGGAAGUUGGCUGAAGGCCAUUUCACUUUGGAAAAAACUCCUUGAACAAGAUACAAAAGGAGAAAAAGUCUCUCAGAGGGAUACUAACCCACUAAAGCGAAAAGUGUUUGAAAAUGAAAUUGUCAGUGCUAAGAAGUUAAAACUGGAGGAGAUACACGAGGAGAGUCACAGGGAAGACCAGCGGAUCAGACUUCCUGAAGACUCCCGGGAGCAGGGGGGUGCUCUCACCGGAGCCGACGGGCUUCAGGAGCAAGGACUCCAGAAUGACUUGGUGAAGGCAGCUGACACUCAGAGCCAGGAGGACGUGACCUUCAGGGUGUCCUGUCGCUGCAGCGGGAAUAUCGGAAAGGCCUUCACUGCACAGGAGGCAGGAAAAGUGGUUGGAAUUGCUCUCAUGAGGAAGUUUGGAUGGAAAGCCAACUUGAGAAAUCCACAUUUAGAGAUCUUCGUGCACCUGAGUGACGCUUACUCUGUGGUGGGGAUCCCCCUGUUCAGAGUUCCUUUGGCCAGCAGAACUUACAUCCGGACAGCUGGGCUGCGGUCGACCAUAGCGUGGGCCAUGGCAUCUGUUGCGGAAAUUAAGGCCGGGGCGCUGGUUCUGGACCCCAUGUGUGGCCUUGGGACCACACUUGUGGAAGCUGCUGAAGAGUGGCCAGAUGUAUAUUACGUGGGUGCUGAUGUCAGCGACGCACAGUUACGUGGUGCAUGUGACAACCUGAAGGCCGCGGGCCUCGCGGACAAGAUUGACUUACUUAAAGUGUCUGUCACAGAGUUACCGCUGCCGUCACAAAGUGUCGAUGUUAUUAUUUCUGACAUUCCAUUUGGGAAAAAAUUCAAGUUAGGAAAAGACAUCAAAAGCAUCCUAGAGGAAAUGGAAAGGGUGCUGCGUGUUGGUGGAGCCAUGGUCUUGCUGCUCAGUGAGGAUCACCACAGGCACCUUAGAGACUGUGGAGGCAGCAGCAUCCCCCCGACUUCCCAGGGCAACAUCACGGAUCCCGAGAUGAGGACGUUUCUGAAUCCUGACAAAAGAUCUGGUACAUCAGACACAGCAUCGCCUUCACAGAAAGCCAGUAGCUCCCAGUGCCCCAACAGAGUGGUGCCCUGCGGCUCCCUGGUGCCAGUGGAGUGCUUCAAAGUUAGCCUUGGAAAAACAGAUGCCUUCAUAUGUAAAUAUAAAAAGGCACCUGCUUCUGGACCGCCUCCUGCUGGAUGCCAUGAGCCAGGUGCACCUCCUGAAAUGGCAACCCUGCCGGAAUCCCCCAGGCUCCAGGAUUCCUUAUAGCCCCAGAGUGCCAAGUGCCAAGCCUCUGCAGAUGGAUGUGGCCAAGGAACACACUGGUUGAAUAAAGCUUCCUGCUCUCCAGUACUCAGUGUUCUUGACAAGACCAGCUACUGAAGAUUUGAAAAGACUGAGUGUAAAAACUACUUCAUCCCAGAAAUCAAACUUUUAGAAAUGAGGAAACCUUUAUGUGUAACUUUUUAUAUAUAUAUAUUAAACUUGACUUUUUAACUUAUAA